AUGGCCCAAGGUAGAUGUCACCCCACUCAUGCCACCAGUGUCCCAAAAGCUUCUAGGAAGACCCAAGAAGAUGUGGAGGCCGAGCGGCGGCGCCAGGCGGUUACUAGCCCCGGUUUUAGUUUUUCAGCCGCCGGGCUUCUGUUUCCGUACCAUCUUGGGGUAGCUCGGCUUCUCAUUGAGAAGGGUUAUAUCAAGGAGACAACACCACUGGCUGGUUCUUCUGCUGGUGCUAUUGUGUGUGCGGUGAUUGCAUCUGGGGCUAGCAUGGACGAUGCACUUAAAGCUACCAAGAUGUUGGCUGAAGAUUGUAGGCUUCGUGGGACUGCAUUUCGCCUUGGGGCUGUGCUUCGAGAUAUUCUGGAGCAGUUUUUGCCCGAUGAUGCUCAUAUGAAGUCCAACGGUAGAGUUCGUGUUGCUGUAACCCAGAUCUUAUGGAGACCGAGGGGUUUACUUGUUGAUAAAUUCGACUCUAAAGAUGAUUUGAUCAAUGCAGUGAUCACGUCUUCUUUUAUUCCAGGAUAUCUUGCUCCAAGGCCAGCAACAAUGUUUCGGAAUCGGUUAUGCGUAGAUGGAGGUUUGACUUUGUUCAUGCCGCCAACUUCUGCUGCUCGAACGGUAUGUUCAGUUGUUUGCAUCUCGUAA